AGCAAAUGUUCCCCCAGCGAAGUUCAUAGAAUCUGCUCAAGCACAUUCCAGUCCUCCGCUGAAAGCGCUUGAUCCAGAAGCUCCUCUCCUGUACAGUCAUAUUGUACAAUUUCUCCAUUCCUUCCAUAUACCUGACCUGAGUGCCAAGGCGGUUUCCACAGAAAAACCAUCCGUGCCUUCGACUGACCUGUGCCUGAGCCAGGUUCUCGCUGCUCAUUUGAAGCAAAACAAACAUUGUCAUUUGAGACCAACGCGGCGGGCUCUCCUUUUGCCCCACACACAUUCAGUAUCUUCUGUAUCCACCGGUGGCAGUCGAACCUCACAUUCCAGAUCAUCCAGCUCAUCAGGCUCCUCCUCAUCAUCAUCUUCAACUUCGCAAAAUGCAUUUCGAAAAUCAACUGUCGAUAGACCCAAAAAGUUUGUUCCGGAAAAGGACCGUCACUCACUUGCUCAAACACAUAUGGCACGUAGACCACCUAACUCUGCGCCUGAUCAUCGAUCUGAUGGUCGUCCUCCUUCCUCUGGACGUCAGAGCGCCCCGAAACGUCCGGAGCCCAAUAAAACGGAAUCAACCACUCGGCCCCUUGAACGAACGCAACCAUCAGCAAAGAGUUCGCAUCCUCGGCAUGAGGUACGUCGGAGUUCCGAGGCUGGUAGAUCUGAUCCUCGUACUAAUAAACCACACAGCUCUAAAAGUCGUCCGGAGGACUCUUCAAGACGGUUCUCAGACCACACUCGGUCCAAAGAAUCGGCAUCAGCCCGCUACACUAAACCCACAAAAGGUGACUCGAGACGUGAUGGACCUUGUCCGCCUACGGAGCCCGCUUUAACAGCCGAUCUAAGAUCGAAAGUUGCGGUUGACGCCUCUGUUGACCCCUUGCGGUCUGCCAAUAGAAAACCAUCCGAUUCCGUUGCAACCCGUCUGGAACAUCAUCACCCAGCUGUCACACAGACACAUCGUGGCUCCCCAGACGGUUCAACUACAAAACACUGGGCUGAGGCAGGCGAUGUCGUUUCGCAAAACCAACAAGCCGAGCCCGUCGCUGCCACUUUCGACGAAGCUAAUGGAUCUGACCUGGAUGCUACCCAUUGUACCGUGUAUACAAAGCGUCUUCUGUCCCGGUUGAAGGAAUCCGAUCACCCAACAGCAGUGUCAUCCCCCACUCUAUCCGCGUCGUUGGAUAAUCAUAUGAAUUUGACACAGAGCAUCAUUGUCGAAGCCGACGCCCUUCAAAACCUUACCGCCUCCUCCGAUCGUACUCAAAAUAUCUCUUCUGGUGCCGCGGGCACAUUCGAUUCAACCGAACUGUCCAAUCUUGUCAGUGUCUCGUCCACCCCCUGCACUGUCGCUGCCACGUCAGAAACGGUCUUCCAAGGCUCAUGUUUGUCGUCUUUGUCUCCUCGCGAUCCCUCGAUCACCAAAUCGGAGGUGCUCCACUCGGUAUCUGAGGUACCCGACCAAAGUUGCAUGCAGCUCAUUAGCGAUGCAGCCCUUCUACUUGUUGCAGCUGAGGUAGACCUGG